AUUUUGUCUGAAAAAAUUGGAAAGCUAUACUGACUUUUGGACUUGUAUCCACUUUCUCACCUUUAUAUUGCACCCUGUGACCAUGUUUAGACUACUAAUCAGAACUGUGGUAAAGGAAUUGAAACCAAUGGCUCAGUCAUCUAAAAAGACACUCCUGUCCAGGGAAGGCAAAUAUACUGGUCGGAUGUUUGCCCACCAAGACUCUUUGCCCAGUCUACCUGUUCCUCCCUUACAACAAACACUGCAGCGAUACUUAGACUCCAUCCAUCCUUUACUGAGUGAAGAAGAGUAUAAAGAAACAGAAAAGAUUGUGAGCGACUUUGGAAAGUCUGGUGGUGAAGGUCCAAAAUUACAGUCCAUGCUGGAGAAUAGAGCAAAUUCUAUGAAAAACUGGUUGAGUGACUGGUGGCUUCGAACAGCUUAUUUAGAAUAUAGGGAACCAGUGUUGAUUAAUGUCAGUCCAGGAAUGACUUUUCCUCUUGAGAACUUCAGGAAUGAAGAAGAACAGCUAAGGUAUGCAGCUAAACUUAUAGCUGGUGUUGUUGACUAUAAAAUACAGAUAGACGAAAAAUCCCUUCCAGUGGAGAUGAUGGGGAAAGACCCACUAUGUAUGGUGCAGUAUUACAAGGUGUUGUCAUCAUGCCGGAUCCCUGGGGUGAAACACGACUCCAUCGUAUGCUACCCCCCUGAUGAACCAGAUCCCCCUAAGCAUAUUAUUGUGGCACACAACAAUUAUUUCUUCAAGAUGGAUCUCUAUGGACAUGACUGGAAGCCGCUGAACAUGGAACAACUUUUCAAACAACUACAGCUGAUAGUGGAGAGAUCCCAAAAACGUUGCUUGCCAUUAGGAAUCCUCACAGCUGAGAACAGGAACACUUGGGCCAAGGCUUAUAAUAGACUUAUGAGAGAUAAGGAAAACAAGAAGUCAUUGGAAGAGAUACAGCGUAGUAUCUUUUUGUUGAGUCUUGACUCUCCCACAGGACACAAUGUAGACAACAGAUUUAGUGUUGUAGCUGAACAGAUGAUACAUGGGCGUGGAAGCAAACAGAAUAGUGGCAAUCGGUGGUUUGAUAAAACCAUUCAGUUUGUUGUUGGAGCAGAUGGUGGAGUUGGACUAACAUAUGAGCAUUCCCCAGCUGAAGGCCCACCCUUGGCUCAUCUCCUGGACCAUACUGUAGAUUACAUUACAAGGAACCAGGAGACGAGACUCCCAGCAGCUGGCGUGACAGAGCCAACCAAACUUCGUUUCAAUCUAAAUGAAAAGAUUGUUGAUAGCAUCAAUUCAGCAUCAUCCAGUGUAGACUCGGCAAUUAAAGAGCUCCAAGUACAGGCUCUGGUGUUUGAUAACUUUGGCAAAAAUUUUAUUAAACAGCAAAAACUGAGUCCUGAUGCAUUUAUACAGCUUGGAUUCCAACUGGCAUUUUACAGAAUACAUGGCACAACUAGUGCAACAUAUGAAACUGGUUCUACGAGGAAAUUUCGUCUUGGUCGCACAGAUACGAUACAUUCAUGUACAGAUGACUCCUAUGCAUUUACACGCACAAUGCUCAAUAAGAAAGCAACUGCUAAUGAAAAAGCAGAGGCACUGAGAAAAGCUAUUGCUACACAUAGGAAAUUCACAGCUUGGGCUAUCAAUGGACAGGGUAUUGAUCGACAUCUACUAGGACUGAAGCUACAGGCCAUAGAAGCAGGGAUGAAUGUACCAGACAUAUUCAUGGACCCUUCAUACAGCCACCACUUUUACUUCAGGAUUUCAACAAGCCAGGUGCCAGCUAAAUGUGAUGCAUUGAUGCUGUUUGGGCCAGCUGUACCUGAUGGUUAUGGACUUUGCUACAAUCCAAAGGACGAACACAUUAACAUCAGUAUUACUGCAUUCCAUACAAGUCCAGAGACUGAUACAAAUGUUUUCUCAAAUACCUUGCGACAAUGUUUAAUAGACAUGCAUGAUGUAUUGUUAGCCACACAGAAAGCAAAGCUAUGAGAUUAAAAGUGUUGAUCCAGUUGGAAGCAAUAUUGUAUUGAUUUAAAAGAGGAAUUAAUUGCAGUUUAUUCCCUUGUGUGAGCAAUCAAAAUCUAAUUUAUAUUCUGCCGGAAUAUUGUUCAAGAUCGCUUCAUGGAAUUUUAAAAGUUUGAUUUUAUGACCUUACAAUAUGUUUGUGUUGCAAUAUACU